UAUUACUGUUUUGUCUGUUUUCUGGCUCGGUCUCCGUGGCAGAUGUGUAGCCCAGAUCAUGCAAAACCAACCUGGGGAGAGUCUGUCAUUUCUUCUUGCACAUCUUCGCUGCCUUCCGGCUCCCCCAGCCACCUCUCUCACCUUUAGAACUGGCAGACUCUGGACAUUCUGCACGCUGAAGAAAAUCACUGUUUUGCCUCCAGCAAGGAACACAAAUGUUGCAACACUGACUCCUCCCCUGAUGAAGAAAGAGGGAACAAGUGCACCGAGUUGAGCUUCAGCUCACAAAGCUACCGGGCUGGGGACGGUGGGACCACAGCUGAGCUCCCGAGACGGCGUCUUCGGGGCUGAGCUCCCCCACCCCCGCCGCCCCCUUUCCCCUUCUGCCUCGCUCCUCUCCCUCUUUCUGGAUUUUACUGGCUGUUCGUGAAACAGCUUUACACGCGGAGGAUCUCCGUGUGCUUUUGCGGGAAGUGCUUAACGGGCUGAGAUGGCAGACUUCGCUCCCCGACAAAACUAAAGCGCUCUCGUCUUCAUGGAGGUGAACACGAAGGAUGACUCGCGCAUGAACCUGGCGUGACCUCUGACUGCUGCACGGAGAGAAGGGAGCCAGCAUGAAGCACCAGGUGGCGUCCACGCUAAUUCCCAUUUUGCUACUUUUUCUCAGCAUCGACCUCCUGAAAGGACAGUCACCUCCUGGAAAACCGGAGAUCACUAAAUGUCGCUCUACGGAAAAGGAAACGUUCUCGUGUUGGUGGAAGCCUGGGCCGGACGGAGGACUCCCUACCAACUACACGCUGACCUACCACAAGGAAAAAGAUUCAGUCAUCUAUGAGUGUCCAGACUACAAAACCAGUGGCCCCAACUCCUGCUUCUUCAACAGGAAGUUCACCUCCAUUUGGACAGUGUACGUCAUCACGGUAAAUGCCACAAACCAGAUGGGAAGCAGCAUCUCCAAUCCAUAUUAUGUGGACGUGGCCUACGUAGUUGAACCAGAACCUCCUUUGAACCUGACUUUGAAGAUAAAAUAUCCAGAAAACCAAAAACCGUAUCUGUGGAUAAAAUGGUCUUCACCCAGCCUGAUCGACAUAAGAUCUGGUUGGCUCACACUUCAGUACGAAAUUCGACUGAAGCCCGAGAAAGCAGCCGAAUGGGAGACUCAUUUCGCUGGGCAGCAAACGCAGUUCAAGAUUUUCAGCUUAUAUCCAGGAGAGAAAUACCUCGUCCAAGUUCGCUGCAAGCCCGACCAUGGAUUCUGGAGUAAGUGGGGCCCAGAGAACUUCAUCCAGAUACCUAAUGAUGUCGCCAAUACAGAUACCACCGUGUGGAUCUUUGUGGCUGUUCUUUCUGUUGUCGUCUGUUUGAUUAUGGUCUGGGCAGUGGCUUUGAAGGGCUAUAGCAUGAUGACCUGCAUCCUUCCACCAGUUCCUGGGCCAAAAAUAAAAGGAUUUGAUACUCAUCUGCUGGAGGGCAAGUCUGAGGAACUACUGAGUGCCCUGGGAUGCCAAGACUUCCCUUCCGACUGCGAGGACUUGCUGGUGGAGCUUUUAGAAGUCGUUGACAGUGAGAGCCAGCAGCUCAUGUCAGCCAGUUCAAAAGAACACUUGGAUCAGAGUAUGACGAAGUCCAAACACCCGGCUCCCAACAGGGACUCUGGCCUGGGCAGCUGUGACAGCUCUUCGCUCUUGUCUGAAAAGUAUAAGGAACCCCAGGAAAACCCACCUGCGUUCCACACUCCUGAGGGCAUCAAGAAACCAGAGAGCUCUGAAACAAAUGGCACCCACGCCUGGGUCCCUCAGAACUUGGGCUUGGGAAGCCAAAUCCCCUAUUCCUAUGCUAGUGGACCCCCAUCUUCAACACGGCCUUCACCGCAGCUGCCCAGCCUGCAGGAUGCCAUGGCUUCUUACCACAACAUUGCUGAUGUGUGUAAGCUGGCCAUGGGCACCCCAGGCGCACUGGCCACUUCGCUGGACAACACAGAACAUCGUGCUUUACAACCCUUGGAAACCACUGAGACUGCAGGGGAGAAAAAGGCGGCAGAGCAGAGCGAAGUGGAAAGCACUCAUUCUGAGGCUGACCCAGACACCCCACCGCAGCUGGUCCCCUUUAUCUCCGAGAAACCCUUGGAUUACGUGGCGAUUCACAAGAUCACCAAAGACGGAGCAUUAUCAUUGCUCCCCAAAAAAGAGAACAGCAACCAGACAGAGAAGUCCGGGGCCCUUGCCCCCAGUCAGGAGUACACUAAGGUGUCCAGGGUGGUAGGUGACAGAAUCCUGGUGUUAGUGCAGGAUCUGCGUGCUCCAAACCCAGCUUCCUUUGAAGAGCUGGUCGAGGAACCUCCGCCGUCCUUGCAAGAGAAUCAAGGCGAGAAGGACGUGGCCUCCUACGCCAGGGUACCAAGCAGCUUUGGUCUCCAGCUGGCGGGGUCCGAGUACCUGGACCCUGUGUGCUUAAAGCACUCUUUUCAGUGAUGGCUUAAUUAAUGGAAUGAUUGGUUAAAAUGUGAUUUUUUCUUCAGGUAAUACCACGGCAUCCAUGCCAUGUCCUCUGCUAGAGAAAAGUUCGAGAAUGGGGUGAGGAUGACACAGCUAAAGACCCACGGCUCACUCCCUUCCGCGCUCCACAUUCAACCAGUUGCCUCUUUCCCCAACAGCUGAUUCCAGAACAGAGCCUUUUAUUUCCUGUGAUUCACAGAUUUACUUUUUGCUGUUAGUUAUAAAAUUGCAUGAUCCACGGCAUAACAGCACGCUGCUUAGUAAUCUCGAGGGGCAGUGCCAACAGGUGUGGGCCCUGGGGAAGGCGUUCACGGUGUGGUACAUGACAGGGGCAGCUGAAAUGGUCCAGCUAGUGCAGUGGCACAGGAAGGCGAUAGACGAGGGCAUCGCUGUGAAACCCGCUUCCGGAAACCAACUGCCUCGCCUCUGCCCGCCUCUUGCAUUGGGUUAGGAUCGAUCAAACACAACACGUUUCUAGAAUUUCUAGAAAGGAUGCGUUCUGGAACACCUCGCAGAACUGUUUACAUCCCUGCCUGUUAUUACCUUAGUGACAAAUUGCUGACAUGCAGGUUAAAAUUAUGCCUCCCUUUUUUUCUUAAGUGAUUGCAUUUGUCAAGCACAGAUUAUCCCCUUCCCUUGGUUUGUUAUUCUAAAGCCUCUAGGGAAUGUAAUUUUGGAGAGUGAAAUUUUCUUCCCCCAGAGGCAAAUGAGUGUGAUGCGGUGCAUCCUCCUAAAAUGUUUUCCUGUUUCAUUUCAGUAGGAUAGAUGAUGUAUCAUAUAGCCUAGCCUUCUCUUAGUGAAAAAAAAAAUCCCCCAAGCUAACUUUAAUUUAAAGGACAAUCACAGCAGCAUGCUCAGUACAUAGAUACUGCCUUACUGUACAUAAAAAUCUACUUUAAUACAAACCCAGACACUCGACAAUGUAUUUUUGAAGACUAUUUUUCUAUCACUUAGGCAAAAUAAAAGAGUAUUUUCUAUCUUCCCAGCACAACUGUUUAUGUAUUCAGUGCGCACAGUGUUUUCUGCUAGGAGGCUGUAGUAGGGAUUUACAGCACAUCACAGUGUACACGGUCCUUGUUUGUGGAGUAAAUGCCACACCAACCAGACCCCACUGAGGAAUGCGAAGUGGAUGACAACGUUCAAUUUCUAGUACAGCAUAGUAUCAUUUUAUCUGAGUCUUUUAUCUCCAGGAUACGUUAAACCACAAUCACCCACCUAGGGUUUUAGGGGCUCUCCACGGACAGAAAUGAAUACUUCUCUUGGGACUUAGAGCUAAUCUAGGGUGCCUGCGCUUCUCUGGGCUUCUCUUCUCUAUUCGUGAAGCCACCAUAAAGAGAAGAAUGGUGGCAUCUAGCAUACAGUUUUAGAGAGAGGGGAUUGGUUUUGCUUUGUUUUUCUGAGCAGUCUUGGCAGCACCGAUGUUUCGAGCAAAGCUAUGAGUUAGUAUCUCUCCGAGGUAGAUCCAUUUGCAAAAUCUUGGCAGAGGCAGAGCCAGCACUCACGUCAGAAGCAUCCAAAUAAAAGUCUCAAGAAACAGCCUGUGUGGGGUGGUGGGAACAGCUACAAAGGCCAGGGUAUGGUAGUAAGAGUCCCCGAGUCCAUUCCAAGGGCAGACUCCCCGCUGGAGGGGUCAAAAGCCUGGCUGUCCACUUCAAAGACAGCAUCCAUGACUCAUGAACUGCCUCCCUCUAGUUGUUUGUUUUUUCUAAUUUCACCUGAUGGCAAGUCCUUUCCUGAUGUCCACACAGUGACGGGACUUCCAGAAUUGCAAAAGGACUAGAUCUUAGGCUUUAUUCUCCCAAUACAUAAACACUGUAAGAGUAAGGGGAACAUUUGGAAAAGGUGUCCCAGUUCAUUCAACCCCCCAGACCCUGGCUACUCAAAGUCUGGGCUGAGGACCAGCCACAUCAUCAUCGCCCGGGCGCUGCAUGGAAAUGAGACUCUCAGCCUCCCCGCCCCAGACCGACAGAUUCAGACUCUGCCCUGUGCUAGGUUCCCCGGAUGACACCUGUGUGUAGUGAAGUUUAAGAAGUACUACCCUAGAUGAGAAUUGCCACUAAAGGUUAUUUUAGGACAUGGUGGUAACGCCUCUCUUGGAAAGUAUAAGUCAAGUCUGUUUGACUUAACUGAACAACACCGUACGUAAGGAAAAGGCAUAAUUUU